GAGCCCUCAGCCCGUUCAGUGACAGCCCGCAGCCGAAGAUGGUGGCGGCGGAGACCCGCACCCCUUUGCACCCGCACUCCCACGGCCGCGCCUGAGCCGGCAGCCGCGGUCCCGGCGCCCCCGCCUGGAGGAGCGGGCGGCAGCGCCCCCCCGCUAUCGCCCGGGCGCGGAGCUCCUUGCCCUCGGCGGCACGGCGCCUCCCAGCCAGAAGGGUAAUUGAAUUAACUCGCCAGCAGGGAGCCGGGGCCGCCAGGGACCCCGCGGCCCCCGGACGCAGACACGAGCGGAGGCGGCGGCCGCCCCAAGCGGUGAGCCCGGCUGGCGGCGCCUGCGCCUGGCCUUGGCGGAGCUGGGCGGCUGGCAGCUGAGGGGGCUGCCGCUCCACGGCGCUCCGGCGGGACUGCGGGGGCCGACCCCCCCUUCCCGGCCGGUCCCUGCGCGCCGGGAGCCCGUCAGGAAAGAGCGGGGCGGCUCCGAGGCCGAAGGCCCCACCGGUGGGAGUGGAGCCCCCACCCCGGCGAGUGCGAACGGCCGCGCCAGCCCCUGGGGGCGACAGGGAGCAGCACAGGCCGGCGGCUGCUGCACCACAGCGUGGCGGCUGCGUCUCCCAGGCGUCCCGAGGCUGCUGGUGCGAGGGGAAUUUUGGGGACAAGGAAAAUAACCCAGCACCAAGCGCUGGGCCGCCUCGGCCCUGCCGGAGCAGCGCGGGCUGCGGGCGGGAGCCAGACAGGGCUAAGUCGGGUUUGUUCCUCCGUGUCAACGUCAGGAGUGGGGAUGGUGUGGCCGCGGUGAGAGCCACACGCUGCUAACAGCCUGGCCUGGGGAGGCAAGGGGCUUUCUCCCUUCCGCUUCGGUAAGCUGCAAAAAAGAUGGAGAAGAGAUCUUUUCCCGAAGGGGACUGCUUGUCACUCUCCCGAGACUGAUCUGCACUUAUUGGAAAGGACCUGGGGAGUGACAGCAAAACUGCAACUAACUUGGAACAAAUCGCGGCCAGUUUGUGGACAGCCCGCCGGACAUAUCUACUACAGCGUUAGAUUGGAAUAUGUGGGCCUGCCUAGCUCCCAGUCUCCUGUUUGUCUUGCCCCGUUUGAAGGAUGAGUAACUGAAUCAUGUGGGCCUGCCUGGCGGUUUCUUUAAACAGGCAGUGAUUUCUCAAGGAAUUUAAAAGCAACUGUCCUAGGAAAAGCCCCAAGUCAGAAAGUUAAAGGAUCACUCUAUUUAUUGUUUGUAAAGUCCUAAGGACCCAUCUCCUAAAGUGCUUAAAGAAAAUUUGACAACAUGGCUUCCCCACCACACCAGCAGUUACUGCAUCACCACAGCACUGAGGUGAGCUGUGACUCCAGUGGAGACAGUAACAGUGUGAUGGUCAGAAUCAACCCCAAACAGCACCAGGGUUGCUCCUCUUCCAAGCAUUGCAAGUACAGCAUCUCCUCCAGCUGUAGCAGCUCUGGGGAGUCAGGAGGUGCCCGCAGAGCAACAGGAGGAGGGGGAAGCAGUGGUGCAGGUUUGCGCAAGAAGAAGCUGCCGCAGCUUUUUGAGAGAGCCUCCUCCAAGUGGUGGAACCCUAAGUUCGACUCCAACAACCUGGAAGAGGCCUGUAUGGAGAGAUGCUUCCCGCAGACCCAGCGUAGGUUUCGCUAUGCCCUUUUCUACAUAGGUGUGGCCUGUCUCCUCUGGGGUAUAUAUUUUGGAAUCCACAUGAGAGAGAAACUGAUUGUCUUCAUGGUGCCAGCUCUGUGCUUCCUCUUAGUAUGUGUAGCCUUUUUUCUGUUCACUUUCACUAAGACCUAUGCUCAGCAUUAUGUGUGGACCUCACUGAUCCUCACCCUCCUGGUUUUUAUUUUGACGCUGGCUCCACAGUUCCAAGUUUUGACACCUAUCUCAGGAAGUGAUGACACAUCCAAUCAUACUCCCCCUGUGAGAGCCACAGACACUUGCCUUUCUCAAGUAGGCAGUUUUUCUAUGUGUGUUGAAGUGCUCUUGUUGCUCUACACAGUAAUGCACUUACCUUUGUAUUUAAGCUUGUUUCUGGGACUAUCCUACUCAGUCCUUUUUGAAACCUUCGGUUAUCAUUUCAGUGAUGAGGACUGCUUCGCACCCCUUGGAGCCAGUGUAAUUUACUGGGAACUGCUGAGUAAAGCCUUGCUUCACAUCUGUAUCCAUGCUAUCGGUAUUCAUUUAUUUAUCAUGUCUGAAGUCAGAUCAAGGAGCACAUUCUUGAAAGUGGGGCAAUCAAUCAUGCAUGGAAAAGAUUUGGAAGUGGAAAAAGCACUGAAAGAGAGGAUGAUUCAUUCUGUGAUGCCAAGAAUAAUAGCUGAUGACUUAAUGAAACAGGGGGAUGACGAAAGUGAGAACUCUGUCAAACGUCAUUCCACCUCAAGCCCCAAAAACAGGAAGAAAAAACCCUCUAUACAGAAAACCCCCAUUAUAUUCCGUCCUUUUAAAAUGCAGCAGAUUGAACAAGUGAGUAUUUUGUUUGCGGAUAUUGUUGGCUUUACUAAAAUGAGUGCAAACAAAUCUGCCCAUGCAUUGGUGGGGCUUUUGAACGAUCUGUUUGGCCGCUUUGACCGUCUGUGUGAGGACACCAAAUGUGAGAAGAUAAGUACUUUGGGAGACUGUUAUUAUUGUGUAGCAGGAUGCCCAGAGCCCCGAGCGGAUCAUGCCUAUUGCUGCAUUGAGAUGGGUUUGGGUAUGAUUAAAGCCAUAGAGCAGUUUUGCCAAGAGAAAAAAGAAAUGGUGAACAUGAGAGUUGGAGUUCACACUGGGACAGUCCUUUGUGGCAUUUUGGGGAUGAGGAGGUUUAAGUUUGAUGUGUGGUCCAAUGAUGUCAACUUGGCCAAUCUAAUGGAGCAGUUGGGAGUGGCUGGAAAGGUUCAUAUUUCGGAAGCUACUGCCAAAUAUUUGGAUGACCGUUACGAAAUGGAGGAUGGAAAGGUGAUUGAACGAGUUGGCCAGAGUGUGGUAGCUGACCAGUUAAAAGGUUUGAAGACUUACCUGAUAUCUGGUCAGAAAGUGAAGGAGUCCCAUUGCAGCUGUUCACAGACAUUGGUUACUGAUCUGGAGGCAGGAGACGGAGCCAACAUACAGGGAGCGUCAUCAGCUGAGAAUAUUGGUGACUUGGCAAAGACUCUCAAACACUCUGAGAAACCCAAGACGUGUCCUUCAUGUAGUGUUACAUUUGCUCCCAACAGUGAUGUCAGUAUAGAGGAAGGAGCUAUCCAAAAUGGCUGUCAGGAUGAACAUAAAAACAAUACCAAGCAGACUCCUGGACGACGCAGUCCAAAGACCCAGAAUGGACUUUUGCGUCCUCCACGGGACGAGAAGCUGAGCAACAGCCAGACAUCACUUUAUGAGAUGUUGCAGGAGAAAGGAAGAUGGGUAGGAGUGAGUUUGGACCAGUCGGCACUCCUUCCACUGAGGUUCAAAAACAUCAGAGAGAAGACAGAUGCUCAUUUUGUGGAUGUGAUUAAAGAAGACAGCCUGAUGAAAGACUAUUUCUUUAAACCACCAAUUAAUAAGUUGAGCCUGAACUUCCUGGAUGGGGACUUGGAGAUGGCUUACAGGACCAGCUAUCAGGAAGAGGUUAUAAAGAAUGCUCCUGUGAAGACAUUUGCCAGUGCUACCUUCAGUUCACUCCUGGAUGUGUUCCUGUCCACAACAGUCUUCCUCAUACUCUCGAUCACCUGUUUCCUGAAACAUGGGAUGGCCCUAUCCCCUCCCCCACCUGCAGCAGUUGUGGUGUUCAUCAUUGCCAUCCUGCUAGAGGUGCUAUCUCUUAUCGUCUCAAUUAGAAUGGCAUUCUUUCUGGAGGAGGUGAUGAUUUGUACUAAGCGCCUGCUGGAGGUGAUUGCUGGCUGGCUGCCUCGACAUUUCAUCGGUGCAAUCCUAGUUUCCCUCCCGGCUCUUGCAGUUUUUUCACAUUUCACCUCUGACUUUGAAACCAACAUACAUUAUACCAUGUUUAUGUGUUGUGCGAUUCUCAUCACCAUUGUCCAGUACUGUAACUUCUGCCAGCUGAGCUCCUGGAUGAGAUCAUCAUUGGCCACUAUUGUAGGAGUGGUGCUCCUCAUCUUGCUCUACAUCUCUUUAUGUCCAGACAGCUCCACUGAAACUUCCCACCUAGAUUCAGUACAGAACUUUAGCUCUAGGAAGAAUCCGUGCAACAGUUCAGUGCUAAAUGAUAUAAAGAAACCAGCAGACCGGAUUGGCCAGGAAGUGAUACUGGUUUUCUUUCUCCUGCUCCUUUUGGUUUGGUUUCUGAAUCGGGAAUUUGAAGUCAGUUACCGCCUCCACUACAAUGGAGAUGUAGAGGCUGAUCUUCACCGCACCAAAAUUCAGAGCAUGAGGGAUCAAGCUGACUGGUUGCUGAGGAAUAUUAUUCCAUAUCAUGUGGCGGAGCAGUUGAAGGUUUCCCAGAGCUACUCCAAAAACCAUGAUAAUGGUGGAGUGAUCUUUGCUAGCAUUGUGAACUUCAGUGAAUUCUAUGAAGAGAAUUACGAGGGGGGCAAGGAAUGCUAUCGAGUCCUAAAUGAAUUGAUUGGGGACUUUGAUGAGUUGCUCAGCCAACCACAUUACAGCAGCAUUGAGAAAAUCAAAACAAUUGGGGCAACCUACAUGGCUGCCUCUGGAUUGAACACUGCACAAUGUCAGGACAAUAACCAUCCACAUGGACAUUUGCAAACCCUUUUUGAAUUUGCCAAAGAAAUGAUGCGAGUGGUGGAUGACUUCAACAACAAUAUGCUGUGGUUUAAUUUUAAACUUCGUGUUGGCUUUAACCAUGGCCCUCUCACUGCUGGGGUCAUAGGCACCACCAAGUUAUUGUAUGACAUUUGGGGUGAUACCGUGAACAUUGCUAGCAGGAUGGACACUACUGGCGUGGAGUGCCGGAUACAGGUGAGUGAGGAGAGCUACCGUAUCCUAAAUAAGAUGGGAUAUGACUUUGAUUAUAGGGGGACAGUCAACGUGAAGGGGAAAGGUCAGAUGAAAACCUACCUUUACCCAAAAUGCAUGGACAAUGGGGUUGUGCCACAUCACCAGUUAUCUAUAUCUCCAGACAUCCGGGUUCAAGUGGACGGCAGCAUUGGUCGGUCUCCUACCGAUGAGAUUGCCAAUCUGGUGCCUUCUGUACAGAAUUCUGACAAGACAUCCCAGGGCUCAGAUAACAACUUAGAACCCAAGGAUAUGCUUCCAUCCUACAAGAAGCUCCAAAAAGAGUCAUUGAAAGCAGAAGACAGAUGCAGGUUUGGCAAAGCUGUAAAGAAUGAUUGUGAGGAAGCAGAAACUGAGGAGGUCAAUGAACUGACAAAGUUAAAUAUCUCUAAGAGUGUAUGAUGCAGUGACAGAGAGCUGCAUGAUGUGCUCUGUCCAUAGAAACACAAAGACAUUUACAAUUGGCUGCUUUCUUUUCUGAAGAAAGACGUUCUCAACACCUGGGUUAUUUGUUUUCAUAUUAGCACCUGAUGCUGUGUGGAUCACAGUUAUUCAGGGCUCAUUUUCAUCUAUCUCUCCCCUCCAUACCCCUUAGCCCUCUUCCAAAACUCCCCAACUCCCUGUGUAACCCUCUUUCAGCUGAGUGGAGCAUAUUAAGUGCCUUCAGAUAUACUCCAUUGGACUCCCUGUCUAGGUACAAAGGCCCCAAAUAAAAACAUAGCUUUGGGUAUCUAGUAAUUUUAAAAGAAAAGCUGCGGUCAUGAUAUCAUUUUUAUUGUUGUUUCUCACAAAACACUUUUUUGGCUAAUGCAACUCCUUGGGUUUUUUUUUAUAUAUAUAUAUGUGUGUGUGUGUGUGUGUGUAAUAUUUUACUGUUAUCAGACCUUCUGUAUGUAAACACACAGACAGAUGUGCGUGUAUCUACCGUAUGAGACUGAUAUAAAAAGUGCCAGUAAUGUACCACAAAAUAAUGUCGCUGAGAUGAAGUAAUACAGUUUUGCUUUUGUGUUGGGCAGGAGGAUGAGCUGAGUUCUACAGUGGCUCAGCGUUUAGAUGGAGCAGGCAGCACAGGUGUUGUAGUUUCACCCUCCUUUAACAGUGUUUUGAUCAGAUAUGUGCCAUUGUAUGCUUAGGAUGCACUGCUUUCCUUACAUCCAAUGGGUUAUUGAUAUGUGGGGAUGGAUUAAGGGAUCAGAUUUCACCAGCUCUCAGGAUAGGGUUCCAAAAACAAACAAGUAACCAUUAAAGUUUUUACAAUCCAGGUCUCAGGUGUUUAAAAAGCAGUUUUCAUUUUACCCCCACCCCAAGGGAUUUGUGAGGUUUUGAGUGAAGCUGAUGCCUCUAAAACUGUUCUGAUUUAAGAGAGGGGCGGUUAAAUAAAUGUUUUGGGGUUACAUUUAUUUAUUUAUGUAUUUAUUAUUUUAAAAUUUGUGUUUGUGGAAGAUAUUAGGAUUCGUAGGGGUGGUAAUUGGUGUCACUAAAAUUAAUCAGAUGCCCAUUAGUGCUUCAUCCUCUUCAAACUGCCAACCACUGUGAGGACAUUACCUUGGCAAUACUUAUGUCAAAAUUGGUGAUACUGCCAAAGCCACCAAAUGCAGAUUGAAUCUGAAAAUCCCAGCUUCCCUUCCGUACUGAAUUAAUGGUGCUGAACAAUGUUCUUCAGGUUUUGCCCCUAUGCUGUGCUUUUGCAGCAUAGACAUGCUUCCCAUGUGCCAUUUAAAGUAGGAAUAGGAAGGUCCUUUGCCAUGAGCUGCGAAGCACAAUAUUUCAGGCCUGAGCCUACAAUUGACUGCGUGGGCAGACCCCUGUGCCUACAGAGAGGCUCACUGACGUCAGUGGGACUGUGCACAGGUGCCGGGGUCUGUUUGCAUAGAGGCAGUUGCAGGAUCAGGGCCUCAGACAACACUAGUCCCAGGGAUUUCCCUACACCCUGCUUCCCCCUUACCCCCAAUUGCCCCAUCCCUCCCACAGUGGCAGUGUUGCCAAUUUAGUCGUUUUCCAACCCCCCUCCCCCAUAAAUUCAAACACCUCCUCUAAUUUCAAUUCCUGGGGAAGACUCUGACUAGUUCUCCCUUUGCAUACUUCCAUAAUUUUAACCCCUUUUCACUCAGUUUUUGACCAAGCGGAUGACCCACUUCGGAUAAUAUUAAAUAUUGCAAGGUUCUAAUUUAAACAAAUAUUUCUUGUACCAACAAAAUGACUAUAAUAUUUCUGCCCAAAAUAAAUUCAUCUUCAAGGGAAAUAGGUGAUUGUGGGGAAAUGUAAUACUGUUUUGUCUGCACAGUCAUAUUUUUGUAGUUAUUUCUUUCCAUCUUCAGUCCAAAAAAAAUGACUUUAAACUGAAAGCUGAAAAUAGUCACACCUACUGCUUUAAGAAUGGCCAUACUGGGUCAGACCAAAGGUCCAUCUAGCGCAGUAUCCCGCCUUCCAACAGUGGCCAAUGCCAGGUGCCCCAGAGGGAAUGAACAGAGCAGACAAUCAUCAAGUGAUCCAUCCCCCUUCUUAUGUUCUUAUGUCCUGUGUUGUUUACAUGCCUUCUAGCAUUAGAAUAUGUGUCCUGAGGUGGCUAAAUCCUUUUUUCCUUUCACUUACUCUCUCUGAUUUGAUGGCCUCCACAAUGCCCAGUGGUAAAAGUGGCAUUUCUCUGCAGUUGAGUUCUUUCAAUGUUAGCCAUGAUCCAUCAAAAUAUGCCCACAGCUUUUCUCUGAUUGUACGAUUGUUAUACUCACCACAACAAGCCUGCACCUGUAAGAAGUUCACACAUUGCAACUAAAAGUGAAAGAACAGCAUAAUCUAGGGAUUCCAAGCAUAUUUCUUUUGAACAGGAGCCAGGACUGAGAAAACCUUAUCUCUAAUUAUUGCAAUAAUGCACAAUUCAGUACAAAGAUAGUCCUUUAGCUUACAAAAUUAAUAAAGCCAGCAUGGUUGUUCAUGGCUGUUACUACAUGAAUAUUGUUAGUCUCUUAGUAGUAUCUCAUUAGAGUACAGUAACUCCGCGCUUAACGUUGUAGUUAUGUUCCUGAAAAAUACAAUUUUAAGCGAAACAAUGUUAAGCAAAUCCAAUUUCCCCAUAAGAAUUAAUGUAAAUAAGGGGGGUUCUAUUCCAGGGAAAUUUUUUUCA